AUGGGUCAUCCAGCAGGAUUGAGGGCGGGUACCCGUUAUGCCUUUUCCAGGCAAUUUCGUGCGAAGGGUAUGAUCAAGCUGUCUACCUACUUACGCCAAUACAAAGUCGGAGACAUCGUUGAUAUCAAGGCCAACGGAGCUGUCCAGAAGGGAAUGCCCCACAAGGUCUACCACGGAAAGACUGGCGUUGUCUACAAUGUCACCAAGAGCGCAGUCGGUGUCAUCAUCUACAAGAAGGUCAAGCACCGCUACAUCGAGAAGCGAGUCAACCUCCGAGUCGAGCACGUUUCCCUAUCACGAUCAAGAGAAGAGUUCGUCCGAAGAGUCAAGGCCAACGCUGAGCUCAAGAAGAAGUCAAAGUCGGAGGGCACACACGUUCACUUGAAGAGACAACCGGCUAUGCCACGGGAGGCGAGAACCAUUACGAUGAAGGAGAAUGUCCCCGAAACGAUCGUGCCAAUUGCAUACGAGACAACUAUCUAA